UAAGAUGACUAAGACUGACCCGUGAAGAAAUGCGGUUGUUUAUAUAAGCAUCCAUAAUAUAUAUUGCUUUCUUUUGUCUUUUGCAAUUUCUUUUUUGAAUUUAAAUUCUGGGAAUAUGAAAAGAAAUUCUCAUACUCUACAAUUACUCUCCUUUACCUUUUGAAUUUUACAUAGUUUUUGUAAUUUUGUUAAUGGAGUUCAAGGCAACAAUAAUAUAUUCUUUUCUUUGUAAUGCCCUGACCCAGUGACAGGCAUGCUUGUUCACUUUAUUGGUACAUAAAGGCCAUGUUUUUUUCUUGGGUCUGACAGAAGGUUUUAGUGGGAUGGAUUUGGCAUGGAAAGGAAAGCUAGAGGUGGGUUAAUAAUGGGUUCUGAUCUGGAAAUUACAUUAAACCAAACAAACCCUAUUGCAGCUUGGUCAUAAAACUAGCUUUCUCAUUCAAAAUAAGCUGGUUUUGGCUUCUGGGUACCUUUUGUUUCUCUGAAAAUCAACAGAAAUGAAAGGAAGAAGAACAGAGGAUGCAUUCAGGUUUCUAACUCUUUUCUUGUUUUGGGCUUCUGUCAAUGGUAUGCUUUCUCCUAAAGGUGUGAACUUUGAAGUGCAAGCUUUAAUGGGUAUAAAAGCUUCUCUGGUGGAUCCUCAUGGUGUUCUUGAUAAUUGGGAUGGGGACUCUGUUGAUCCAUGUAGCUGGGCUAUGGUCACUUGUUCUUCUGAGAAUCUGGUCAUUGGCCUGGGGACUCCAAGCCAGAAUUUAUCUGGUACUCUCUCUCCAAGCAUAGGCAACUUAACAAAUCUUCAGAUUGUACUGUUACAGAACAAUAACAUUACAGGACCAAUUCCACCAGAGCUUGGAAGGCUCUCAAAGCUCAUCACACUCGAUCUUUCCAAUAACUUCUUCACCGGCGAAGUUCCGUCUUCUCUUGGUCACCUGAAAAGUCUCCAAUACAUGAGGAUUAACAAUAACAGUCUCUCUGGAGCAAUACCAUUGUCGUUAGCCAACAUUACCCAGCUUGCCUUACUAGACUUGUCUUUCAACAAUUUGAGUGGGCCUGUACCCAGAUUUCCUGCUAAAACAUUCAACAUUGUUGGAAAUCCUCUGAUCUGUGGGUCAGAAAAAGAUUGCUAUGGAACCACAUUGAUGCCGAUGUCCAUGCCAUUGAAUAGCUCAGAAACUGGAUCGCCUAUUGAGAGACCAAAAAGUCACAAAGUUGCCCUUGCCUUGGGAUUAGCCCUCGGUUUCAUCUGUUUGCUCAUCCUUGGUUUUGGGCUGCUGUUACAGUGGAGGCAAAGACAAAACCAACAGAUCUUUUUUGAUGUUAAGGAUCGGCAUCAUGAGGAAGUUUCCCUCGGAAACUUGAGGAGGUUCCAAUUCAGGGAACUUCAAGCUGCAACAGACAAUUUCAGCAGCAAGAACAUACUAGGGAAAGGUGGUUUUGGUAACGUUUACAGAGGCUAUCUCCGAGAUGGGACAGCCGUGGCUGUCAAGAGGCUCAAAGAUGGCAGUGCUGUUGGAGGAGAGAGACAAUUCCAGACAGAAGUAGAGAUGAUCAGCCUAGCAGUGCACCGCAACCUCCUCAGGCUGUACGGGUUUUCUAUGACUGCCACAGAAAGGCUUCUAGUUUACCCAUACAUGUCCAAUGGCAGUGUCGCUUCUCGCCUAAAAGCAAAACCAAUAUUGGAUUGGGGGACUAGGAAGAGAAUUGCUUUAGGAGCUGCAAGGGGCUUAUUGUACCUCCAUGAGCAGUGUGAUCCAAAGAUAAUACAUAGGGAUGUGAAGGCUGCAAAUAUACUUCUUGAUGAGUAUUGCGAGGCAGUAGUGGGAGAUUUUGGGUUGGCAAAACUUUUGGAUCACCAAGACUCACAUGUGACGACAGCUGUUAGAGGCACUGUAGGCCACAUAGCCCCCGAGUAUCUCUCCACCGGACAGUCUUCUGAGAAAACCGAUGUAUUUGGUUUUGGGAUUCUCCUCCUUGAAUUGAUCACUGGACAGAGAGCUCUAGAAUUUGGCAAGGCAGCUAACCAGAAAGGAGCAAUGCUCGAUUGGGUGAGGAAAAUUCAUCAAGAGAAGAAGCUUGAUUUGCUUGUGGAUAGGGAUUUGAAGAACAACUAUGACCGGAUUGAGCUCGAGGAAAUGGUCCAAGUGGCACUUUUGUGCACCCAAUACAUUCCGGGCCACAGACCUAAGAUGUCUGAAGUGGUGAGAAUGCUUGAAGGCGACGGGCUUGCAGAGAGGUGGGAAGCUUCUCAGAGAGUGGAUGCAACCAAGUAUAAACCAUACGAGCUAUCCUCGUCGGAGCGCUACUCUGACCUCACUAGUGACUCUUCCUUACUUGUGCAAGCCAUAGAACUCUCUGGCCCGAGGUGAAUUACUUGCAUUUCUCUAGAAGUUAGUACAAGACUAGAAAUUUUGAAAGUAGAAAAUUCUAUAGUUGUAUUUGUUUGCAGUAAAUCCAAAGCCAAUUGAAAUUAUUUGUUGUAUAGUAGUAGCAGUAUAUCAUAGCUCCUAAGGGCUUUGCUGUCAUUUCCUUACUGUACAGAUUUGGAUUUGAGGAACUGAACUGGAUUCGAUUUUGAGUUAUUUUCUUUCAAAAUGUAUAUGUUUUUUUGAAUGAAGUUUUGCUUUCUUUUUUUCUUUA